CGUGCCGCAAACCUUAUACCUUACACCUGCUUUGUUUUGUUGGGUUUUGCAGCGUACGUGGGGUUCAUGCUCAUACAUUAGUUGUCAGCAUCAUUUUUGACCAUCAUCUGCAAUUGAAACCUGCUGAGAUAAAUAAUGGAUGAUGAAGAAUAUGGUUCAGACUCAAGUGAUGAAGACUAUAAGCCAGGAGGUGAGUCUGAUGUCAGUGAGGAGGAAGGCGAGGGGGAUCCGGAAGAAUUGGAUGCUGUUCUGAAAGAGGCUGGGAAAUCAGCACAAAAAGGCAAGAGGCAGAAAAGGCAGCCAAAGGGACCCAGAAAGAAAAGGGCUUUGGUACUGGAGGGAGAAGAAGACACGACCCCAGAGACACAUACCACAAAAACGGAACUUGAGGAAAGCAUACAGGCCGAAAAACUGCAAAAGCAAGAGGAGAAAGAGAAGAAAAAAGCGGAUGACCUGUUUGCUGACUUCAUGCGGGACGUGAGCGGACCGAAGCCCCGGCCGAAGCCGACGGCCGGCGCCGGUCUGGGCGGCCUCGUGACGGCGGCCGGCGGCGGGGCAGCCUCGAAGCCGGCCCCGGAGGCCCUCACCUCGAAGCCGGCCCCGCCCGCCAAAGUCACCGUCACCAAGGUGUUCGACUUCGCCGGCGAGGCGGUCACCGUCACGAAGGACGUGGACGUUAGCAGCCGCGAGGCUAAGCGGGCGGCGACGGGCGGUACCGGCAGUUCACAGCCAAGUCCACAGAUGGCAGUGCCGUCACGCCGAGGCGGCCUGGCCGGCCUGGUGAACAACCUUGGCAAGAAGCCAAAGAUGAGCGUGCUGGAGAAGUCCCGGCUGGACUGGGUCGGCUUCAAGAAGGAGGAGAAUCUGGAGGAAGAGCUGGAUCGGCACAAACGCAGCAAAAACUCGUUCCUGGACAAGCAGGAGUUUCUGCAGAGGGCUGACCAGCGCCAGUUCGAGCUGGAGAAGUCCGCGCGGGAGCGGAACCGACCGCCGAGAUGAGGCUCAGCCGUGCCCCGGCGCCGACCGGGCCGGCCCCGUCCUCUCUGUGUCGUCAUCCAUCACCGCGCCGCCGCCCGGGCUGCGUGGGAUCGGCGAGGCGCGCGUCUGCCGCCCCGUCCUCCGGACCGCCCCCGCUCGGACCGAGCAGUCGAUGCCGUGCGGACCCAGCGGUCACACCGAGGCUACACACGUGGCGUGCGGCCAUGACCUGAGCCCGCCAGCCUGGGGCGAGGGACUACUCCUGGGAGCGUGAGUCUCGUGUAUGGCGGUCGGCGCCCCGUCACCGGUGGGGCUGGGACGUCUCUGAUGCCUCCGCCGGGACAGGCGAUCAAUACAGACACGCACUCUC